UGCUCCAUUCCGCUUCCCGCGCUGCGCGCCCUCUUCCCUGCCUGCCAAAUAGUGCUCCCUCGCCGGCCCGCCCCCGGGAAGGUUCUGGGCGUGCGCGGUGCAUUGUGGGGCCGGGAGCCAGCAGCCGCCAGGAUGAUGCCCACGCCGGUUAUCCUGCUGAAGGAGGGCACGGACACCUCGCAGGGCAUCCCGCAGCUGGUCAGCAACAUCAACGCGUGCCAGGUGAUCGCCGAGGCCGUGCGCACCACGCUGGGCCCGCGCGGCAUGGACAAGCUCAUCGUGGACGACCGCGGCAAAGCCACCAUCUCCAAUGACGGGGCCACCAUCCUGAAGCUGCUGGACGUUGUCCACCCUGCCGCCAAGACCCUGGUGGACAUCGCCAAGUCCCAGGAUGCCGAGGUGGGUGAUGGCACCACGUCUGUGACCCUGCUGGCAGCUGAGUUCCUGAAGCAGGUGAAGCCCUACGUGGAGGAGGGGCUGCAUCCCCAGAUCAUCAUCCGCGCCUUCCGCACGGCCACGCAGCUGGCUGUGAACAAGAUCAAAGACAUCGCUGUCUCUGUGAAGAAGGAGGAUAAAGAUGAGCAGAGGAGUCUCCUGGAAAAGUGUGCAGCUACAGCCCUGAGCUCCAAGCUCAUCUCCCAGAGCAAGGAGUUUUUCUCCAAGAUGGUUGUAGAUGCUGUGAUGAUGUUGGAUGACUUGUUGCAGCUCAAGAUGAUCGGGAUAAAGAAGGUGCAAGGAGGAGCUUUGGAGGACUCACAGCUGGUGGCUGGAGUUGCCUUUAAGAAAACCUUCUCCUACGCUGGGUUUGAGAUGCAGCCCAAGAAGUACCAGUCCCCCAAAAUCGCCCUGCUCAACGUGGAGCUGGAGCUCAAAGCUGAGAAGGACAACGCCGAGGUCAGAGUGAACACGGUGGAGGACUACCAGGCCAUCGUGGACGCAGAGUGGAACAUCCUGUAUGACAAACUGGACAAAAUCCACAAGUCAGGAGCCAAGGUGGUGCUGUCCAAGCUGCCCAUUGGGGACGUGGCCACCCAGUACUUCGCAGACAGGGACAUGUUCUGUGCCGGCCGCGUCCCCGAGGAGGAUCUCAAGAGGACCAUGAUGGCCUGUGGGGGAUCCAUCCAGACCAGUGUCAAUGCCCUGUCGGAUGAUGUGCUGGGCCGCUGUGAGCUCUUUGAGGAGACCCAGAUUGGGGGAGAGAGGUACAACUUCUUCACGGGCUGCCCCAAGGCCAAGACGUGCACCAUCAUCCUGCGCGGGGGCGCCGAGCAGUUCAUGGAGGAGACGGAGCGCUCCCUGCACGACGCCAUCAUGAUCGUCAGGAGGGCCAUCAAGAACGACUCGGUGGUGGCGGGCGGCGGCGCCAUCGAGAUGGAGCUGUCCAAGUUCCUGCGGGACUACUCGCGCACCAUCCCGGGCAAGCAGCAGCUGCUGAUCGGCGCCUACGCCAAGGCCCUGGAGAUCAUCCCCCGGCAGCUGUGCGACAACGCCGGCUUCGACGCCACCAACAUCCUCAACAAGCUGCGCGCCAAGCACGCCCAGGGCGGGAUGUGGUACGGCGUGGACGUGACCAACGAGGACAUAGCUGACAAUUUCUCGGCGUGCGUGUGGGAGCCGGCCGUGGUGCGCAUCAACGCGCUGACGGCGGCCUCGGAGGCCGCGUGCCUCGUCGUGUCCGUGGACGAGACCAUCCGCAACCCGCGCUCCAGCGUGGACAGCGGGCCUGCCGCCGCGCCCCGCGGCCGCGCGCGCGCCCGGCCCCACAACCACUGAGAGCCCCGAGCCCUGGGAUCAGCCCCAAACCCCUGGGAUCAGCGCUGAUCCUUCCUGGGGCUGCCAGCCCCACAGCCACUGAGAGCCCCAAACCCCUGGGAUCGGCCCCAAACCCCUGGGAUCGGCGCUGAUCCCGCCCGGGGCUGGCAGCCCCACAGCCACUGAGAGCCCCAAACCCCUGGGAUCAGCGCUGAUCCUUCCCGGGGCUGCCAGCCCCACACCACUGAGAGCCCCGACCCCUGGGAUCAGCGCUGAUCCCGCCCGGGGCUGCCAGCCCCACAGCCACUGAGAGCCCCGACCCCUGGGAUCAGCCCCAAACUCCUGGGAUCAAUGGCUGCUCCUCCCCGGGGCUGCCAGCCCCACGCCACUGAGCUCCCAAACUCACUGGGAUCAGUGCUGCUCCUGCCCCUGCCCAGGGCUGGCAGCCCCGGGCAGCUCCUGGCAGUCACAGGCAGCUCCUGGUGGUCACGAGCGGGCAGUUUCUGGUGGUCACGAGCAGCUCCUGGUGGUCACGAGCAGCUCCUGGUGGUCACGAGCAGUUUCUGGUGGUCACAGGCAGCUCCUGGUGGUCACGAGCAGCUCCUGGUGGUCACGAGCCGGCAGUUUCUGGUGGUCACGGGCAGUUUCUGGUGGUCACGAGCAGCUCCUGGUGGUCACAGGCAGUUUCUGGUGGUCACAGGCAGCUCCUGGUGGUCACGAGCAGCUCCUGGCAGUGACAGGCAGCUCCUGGUGGUCACGAGCAGCUCCUGGUGGUCACAGGCAGCUCCUGGUGGUCACAGGCAGCUCCUGGCGCUGGCAGCCACAGCCCUGGAGCUGCCCUGCCUGGCGCUGCCUCGCUGGCGUGGGCAUUCCCUCAGGACCCUUCCCUCCUGGGGCCCCUUCCCUCCCCAGGAGCAUUCCCUCCUCCAGGCCUUUCCCUCCUGGGGACCCUUCCCUCCUCGGGGCUGGAGCCAGUGCAGGGGGCUUUGGGGUCUAUUUAUACUGGUUUGUGUUUCGUUCUGCUGGGCACUUUGAAGCCAGCUCCAGCACAAUAAAACGAGUUGGUCUCAGUGGCA